AUGAGUAACUCAAAUAAUAAUAGCUCAAGUGGUAAUCAUAAUAGUACAACAAUAAAUAACCCUAAAGUUAAUGUAUAUAGCAAUAUACCAAAUUCAACAACAUACACAUAUGGCAGCGGAGGAGGUGGAACACUAAGUGGAAAUAAUACUAAUAAUAACAACACCAACAAUAACAAUAAUAAUAAUAAUAAUAGUAGUGGAGAUAAUAAAAACCAUAGUCCUGUGACCUCAGCAACAGACCGUUUAACAAAAAUGGAUAUAGAAGAGAAAUGGGAUAACAAAAAUUAUGAAAAAGAUGAAAGAGAAAAAUCACCUCUAUUUCAUAUCUUGGCCAGUAAUUUAAAUAGUUUCGGUAAUUUCAAAGUUCCGAGUACAUUUUCUUUAACACCACCAGAACCAAACAAACAACAACAACCACAACAACAACCACAACAACAACAACCACAACAACAACAACCACAACAACAACAACCACAACAACAACAACAACAACAACCACAACAACAACAACAACCACAACAACAACUACAACAAAAUAACCAACAACAACAACAACAACUACAACAACAACAACUACAACAACAACUACAACAACAACAACAACAACAACAACAACAACAACAACAACAACAACAAAAACAACAAAAACAACAACAACAACAACAACAACACCUACAUCAAGAUGGUAUUGUAAAUACACCAAGUACAACACAAACUUCUACUACAACCACAACAACUACAACUACAACAAAUCCUCAUACAUCUGGUUUAUCAUUACAACAUGCACAUUCAUCAUAUACACCUUCAAAUGUAUUACAUUCGCCAACACAUUUCCAAUCAAGUUUACCAACAAGAUUGGAUACAAAUCCAAUAACAACACCAAUCAGACAACAACAACAGUCUCAACAACAACUUCAACAACAACAAUUACAACAAAUUCCCCCACCAACUGUAAAUUCAUUCUUUUUACCACCACCAGUCAAUGCAAGAGAAAGAUUAAAAGAAUUUAAACAAAUUCGUGUUAUUGGUACUGGAACAUUUGGAAAGGUAUAUUUAAUUCAAAACACCAAAGAUGGGUGUUACUAUGCCAUGAAGUGCUUAAACAAGGCAUACGUUGUACAAUUGAAACAAGUAGAGCAUUUAAAUUCAGAGAAAUCAAUUCUCUCAUCCAUUCAUCAUCCAUUCAUUGUAAAUUUGUAUCAAGCUUUUCAAGAUGAAAAGAAACUGUACCUCCUCUUUGAGUAUGUCGCAGGCGGUGAGGUGUUUACUCAUUUAAGAAAAUCAAUGAAGUUUUCAAAUAGUACCGCCAAGUUUUACGCAGCAGAGAUAGUGUUGGCAUUGGAGUUUUUACAUAAACAAAAUAUAGUUUACAGAGAUUUAAAACCAGAGAAUUUGUUGAUCGAUAAUCAAGGUCACAUUAAAAUCACUGAUUUUGGUUUCGCAAAACGGGUAGAAGACAGAACUUUCACCCUUUGUGGUACCCCUGAAUAUUUGGCACCUGAAAUCAUUCAAAGCAAAGGUCAUGGUAAAGCGGUCGAUUGGUGGGCACUUGGUAUUCUAAUAUUUGAAAUGUUGGCAGGUUAUCCACCUUUCUAUGAUGAUGAUACCUUUGCAAUCUAUAAUAAAAUUUUGGCUGGUAGAAUCACUUUUCCAUUAGGUUUUGAUGUUGAUGCUAAAGAUUUAAUUAAAAGAUUAUUAACUGCUGAUAGAACUCGUAGAUUGGGUGCUUUAAAGGAUGGUGCAUUAGAUGUCAAAAAUCAUAGAUGGUUUUCUGAUAUUAAUUGGGAAAGAUUAUAUCAGAGAAGAGAUAAUGGACCAUUCAUUCCAAAGAUUCAACAUCAAGGUGAUUCUUCAAACUUUGAAAUGUAUGAUGAAGAAGAAAUGGUUGAAGAGCCUCCAUCUUCAAAUUAUGUUGAUCCAUAUGCACAUCUUUUCAAGGAUUUUUAA